AUGCCAUCCCUUUUAUUCUGCGGUCCGAAAAUGGCCGCUUGUGGAAUAGUGAUCAGCAUAUGGGGAGUCAUCAUGCUGGUAAGGAUUAGCUAGCUGGCUAACGUUAGCUCCCACCCCAGCUUGUCAGUAAAGUAUCUGCUAAAGCUAGCUAGCGUUAGUUUAUAGGUCGUGUCAAGAUUUUCCACCUUUCGAUAUUAGCUACUCAGCCUUAUUCUUUUUGAUAAGACACCUGUAGCUGAUUGUGGGCUAAAGUAACUUGAGCUUUCCAGAAGCUGAUAAUUAGAGCCAAAUAGGGCAACCUUUAGCCGCAAACUAGCUAGGAGCCUGGAGACCAGAUGUUGAAUUGCAUUGGAUUCAACGUCGGGCAUACAUGAGCGUUUCGAUCAGGAAGGUUUCCUCUCACGACCUCUACAAACCAAAAUGUUAAAUAAAAUAAUAUUUUAACUUACUUUACCGGUUGGUCCGUUUACAGGUAGGAAUGUGUCACAAUAUAUACACAGGAAAGUAUAAUCAGUGGUCGCAUUAGCUUUCAGAAAUCUGAAUUUUCAAAACUCAGACCAUCAAAAAGAUCUGCUUCCUAAACCAUUUAAUCUACGUUUUAUAUUGACUGUGUUUUUGUUGCUUCAGUAGAUUGAUAAGGGGCGUGUAACUACAGUUUUUCUUGUAACUACAGUUUUUCUUAACACAAAAUACAUUAAUGCAACACAUUCAGCAGAAAAUCGUUUAUCAGAUGACAACAUAAGUGCAAACACAGAUUAUCCAUUAUAUUGACAGAUACUUAUUGGCGCUCAAACAAUGAAAAUAAGUCUUAAAAAAUGGAAGGCAGUCAGGAGGCAAGAUCAUGUGGGACCAUUCUAGCCAAUAAUAGGGCAGAUAAGUGUGAUCACAGCCACAACUCCGAUAGUGUUUUUUCUCACGGGUCCUACUUAUAUCAGUACACCCGUAACAACCUAUGCAUUGCGUAACUUAUAUAUGAGCAAAUAAGCCAUUACAUUUUUUGUUAACCAAAUUCGACACUUAUACAAAUACCACCAUACAAAAACGCCUCGCUUGGUGAGUGAAAAAACACUGGAGGAGAGUUUGGCCCAGUCAUCCCUCUCGCUUUGCCUAUUUAUCUCGGUCAUGUCUUCUUCUUCGAUGAGGUUUCCCUUAUAUUUUGCUUGAAAAAUUUAAUAAAGAAAUACCCUACCAUCUAACACUACACUCACAAAUUCAAAAAUAUUAUUAAUAAUUAACACCACCCUACUCUGUCGUAGGCGGCCGCGACCGGGAGACCCAUGGUGCGGCGCAUAAUUGGCCCUGCGUCGUCCAGGGUAGGGGAGGGAAUGGCCGGCAAGGAUGUAGCUCAGUUGGUAGAGCUGUGGGUUCAAUUCCCACGGGGGGCCAGUAUGAAAAAUAAAAUAAUGUAUGCACUCACUAACUGUAAGUCGCUCUGGAUAAGAGCGUCUGCUAAAUGACUAAAAUGUAAAAAAUGUAUACUCCACUAUUUUAAUAUAUUCAUUCCUACCUCAUGCCCUCAACCUGAAAUGAUGGGACAUCACCACUUAACACUCCCUGUAACUCUUCUUAUGUCAAGUCUCGCACACCCAAAUACCUCUGCAGCUGCCACCACAACCUCAAUUUUCUUCGACUUACGUUCCAUCCCUGCAGUACAAUUAAUAACCAUUGCUAUAAACGCUAAAAAUCCAAUCUUACUGAAACACAUAUCACUUGUUGGCCUAUCCCUCUGUACUGGUACAUAUCUACUACUCUCACCACUCCCCCCCUGCCACAUGCCCAUAAGUUUGACACCUGUAACAUCGUAAUGUAUUCGGCACAUAAGCUCGUACAGGAUAACUUGUAUAUAGUAUGGAGAGAGACAAUUUUUAUGCACUAACUGUAAGUCGCUCUGGAUAAGAGCAUCUGCUAAAUGACUAAUAUGUAAAUAUAUGUAAUAUGUAUAUCCUAACUUCACUUUGUCAGGCAAAGACUCAACUUCAAAACUAAAAAGAACAGACAAUGACUCUUCUGUUUCCCCACUCUCGCCACCCUGUUUGUGUCGCACCAAACGACAAGUAUCACAAACACAGAGAAUCUUCCCCUUCAGUUGGUCAACUUUUACAUUUACUGCUACCCCAGUAAUCACUCCUUCAUGGUCAUGUCUAGAUGGCAUCCAGCUUUUGUCAAAUUUACUCAAGGUUUUUUUGGGGUGGUUUGCAUUUUAGCUAACCCUAACCCCUUUCCUUAGCCUAAUUCUUCUAACCAGCUGUGCAAAUUCUCCUAAACAUGCUACGAAAAGUAAAUUCUGACAAAAGCUAGAUCCCUUCUAGCCAUGACCCUUCCUCUCUAGUGCAAACAAAUAUUUUUAUAACUAACCCAAUAUAGACCAGAGCCUGUAGUUUCCAAUGGGAGUAAAUUAAUCAUAGUGGGCAGAACAAGCAAGGAGGUGUGCAGAGCCAAGCACGAGCUAGUGAGAUCCUAUUGGCUCGUUCCACAAAAGCCGCGGCCCUUGCAGAGCAAGGGAAACAACUACUUCAAGGUCUCAGAGCGAGUGACGUCACCGAUUGAAACGCUACUAGUGCGCACCGCUAACUAGCUAGCCAUUUCACACCGGUUACACUCACCCCCCUUUCGACCUCCUCCUUUUCCGCAGCAACCAGUGAUCCGGGUCACGGCACCAAUGUAACAGUGUUGCUUCCGUCCCUCUCCUCGCCCCUACCUGGGCUUGAACCAGGGACCCUCUGCACACAUCGACAACAGUCACCCUCGAAGCACCGUUACCCGUCGCUCCACAAAAGCCGCGGCCCUUGCAGAGCAAGGGAAACAACUACUUCAAGGUCUCAGAGCGAGUGACGUCACCGAUUGAAACGCUACUAGUGCGCACCGCUAACUAGCUAGCCAUUUCACACCGGUUACAUGUGCAAUAACGCAAUUUGCCCUUGCACUCCUAAACAACGCCAUUUUUAUAAACUUUGGCAAAGGGUAAAGUCUACAAAACACAGUCCACUCUGUUUGUUACAGAUUCUAGUUUUGGAAACAGAAAACUGUAUGGAGAUCAAAUGUUUCAUCCAUGAGCAAAUGAGCAGAAUGUCGGCUAAAAUCCAUCUCGCUCUAUCUUCUCCCACUGCCGGCCACUGGGCUUCCUCUCAUCACCAUAUUUGGUAGUGAGUGGAAACGCCAAUUGGAUGCUUCACAUUUAUACAUCCUGUGAAAUAUCUGGCUCAUUGUUCUAUCUGUGGUGCAACGCUAUUUGGCUAGCAGCCACACAUAAAUAAAUUAUCUUACAAGGUAUUUUUUUGCCAAAAACGAUACAUGGCCAUUAUAUAUAUUAUGUUUAUCAUGGAAAGCCAAGGAUAAUUUAGAAUAAGAAGCAUUUUAGGUCUGCAUUUACAAAAUGCAGCAAGAUAUUUUUUCAGUGUUUUAUCUUUACUUUUCUGUGUGAAAAACGCAGAAUCCUGUGUUAACGCAACCCCUAAUAAUUACAUCAACUUUUCAAAGCGCUGGUAGUGCGUACAGAUUUCUAUCACCUGAAGCAUGUGCAGAACCAUGUAAACAAGCAUGCAGGCAUCUCAUUCAUGUAUUUUCAUAUUUUGUGCCAUGCUUCAGGUAAUAGAAAUCUGAACCCACUACUAUACUUUCCUGUAGAUAUGUUGUCUCUCAUUCCUACCUGCAAAAGGAUCAACCACACAGACAACCGGUAAAGUAAGUUAAAAUAUAAUUUUAUUAAACAUUCUGGCUUGUAGAGGUCGUGAGAGGAAACUUUCCUGAUCCAAAUGCUAAUUUAUGCUUGAUCUAGAAUUCAAUUAAAUUCAACAUCGGGUUAGCUAGCUAGUUACUGUAGCUGUCAUUAAAUGUCUGGUGUUGCUAGAACAUCUCUUGACUAACUGUACCGGUAUGCUAGAUAUAGCUAAAGUUAAUAUCUAUAGGGUCAGGUCUGCUUAUUUAAUUGACUGGAUAUGAACCAGAAAAAUGUAGGGAGUGGGAUGUCUCGCUUUUUCUGUCUCUGGACUGAGCUUGUCAUUCAACCCUGUAUGCACACUCACAGGAUGUCUCUACUGACUGGGCCCUAAUUGGCCCUGUAAUCCAAACACCUUUACUCUCUGACUACACUGAAUGUGCAUAAUGCAAUACAUAUGUAUCCUCUUGUUGUAUUGCAGGUGAUGUUGGGGAUCUUCUUCAGUGCAAAGUCUGCUGUACUGAUUGAGGACGUGCCCUUCACAGAGGAGGACAUCCGCAAUGAGUAAGUGGUGUGAAGAAAGGGACCAUUAGACCCUUACAAUGAACUGAGUUUGUCUCUUCUAGUUUAGAUUCCCUUUGAAUUCACCCUUGGAAAACCAUCCCAUGUUGUCUCGCUUGGGUUGUUUUCCCCCAAACUCAUCUGUUUCUUUCAUCUCUCUCUGCCCCACAGUAAGAACCCCCCGGGGACCAUCUAUGGACUCUACAACCAGGUGGGCAUCAACUGCUUCAUCGCAGCAGCCAUUUAUGUUGCAGUGGGGGCGGUGUCACUCUGCCAGGUCCGACUCAACAAGCGCCAGGAGUACAUGGUGACAUAA